UCAUAUUUACACGACAAGGAAGUACCGUUUACUUUGUCCGACUGCAAUGAUAAAAACGCGCCAGCAGUGACAGAGAUGAUAGACACAGAGAGAUAAAUAAACAUUUGGUGACUUAAACGUGUAACUGCGUCCAUACCCCAUCAGAAAGGUGCCAAGAGUUGUAGUUCAAGUAAUGCCUACUCUCAAUCUGGAAAGUUAAACUUAAAUUCGAAUCAUGAGGACUUCUCUUGGUUUAGUGAUUCUAUGUGCUUUUUUAGUGGGUACAUGUAUCACUUUCGGUGCUGUCAACUUGGAUUGCGACCCAUGUGAAAACACGUGUCACGUGGAGCUUUACAAUGGUGACCGCUACCACACUCACAAGCCCACGCCCAACCAGCCAUUCUUAUGCGACGAUGCUUUCAUAGACGGACUUUGGUACCGUUUCAUUGGCAAAGCUGGCAGUAAGUUGGCGGACCAUCUGGUAAAGCCCUUCAGUUGCGGUACUAUGGUACCCGUGUAUCUUGAUGGACAGCAUCCCCAAGACUAUACGGAGACUACACAGAAAGUGUGCGUUAACUACGGUUUAGCUCCGUGCUUUCAGUUCUGGAACAUUAAAGUCAAACGCUGUCAGCUGAACAAUGAGGAUUAUUACGUGUAUCAACUUCCACCGACUCCAGGCUGUAAUGUGGCCUACUGCGGCGCAGGAGAACAAGUGGAACGAUGCCCUACAGGAGAAUUUAAGUUAAAUGGAAGAUGUGUCACUAAGUUGCCUGUCAUCUCCAUCACCAACGUCAUCAUUGAGACUCCAGUCGUGGAGGAACGACAGGUGAUCAUAUCGUGCCGUGUGACAUACAACGUGCCCGCUGGCACGCGUGAUGAAGGCGACGUCAAGAUACGUGUCAGUUAUCUCGCAGACAACGCCCUCAUCGACGACGACGUGACCACGGGAGCCAGGGGGAGGGCCUCAAGGCAGCUGAGAAUUGCGAAUCUCACAGGGAAUCUAGGCAAAUACCUCUCCUGCAAUGCAUCGUCUUUCUGGGUCAACUAUAACCACCUUCCAACGGCAUCAGCACACGCCACGAAUAAUUAUUAUGCCGGUAUCAAGGUUGUGGAAAAGACGAGUGGAACCACACCAAAAAGAAUUGUGCUAGCAGAAAAUAGUCCGCAAUAUGAGAUUCAGGUUUACUCAACCAUCCCUAUUGCAGUCAACACACACACGAGCCAUAAGUACGAAGACGGCAAAACGUAUGUCCAACCUCUUGAAUUGAAGGUAGAGACUACUAUCUUGGACAGUGUAAUAUACAAUGGGAGUCCUAAGAGUUUCAAAUGUGCUGUUUCCUUCACCGAGGACUCAUGGGAUGAUAAGCUCAAACGCGCGUAUGCCUCGUCCACGCUGAAGAUGUUGGCGCAGCGAGACGGUAGAAACGACGGUGCCAGGGACAGUGUUUCACGUCUUUUACAAUUCCGACCAAUAAACAUAUUUCAAGGAUUUCCACCAGCACCAGCACGAAGUAUAUGGCAUGGCUAUCAAAUGGAGGAAAUUCCGAUUUAUACGACUGACGUCGCCGACAGCGAGUGCCGAUCUUACAAUGACCCUCGUAUAGAAACGUUUGAUAGAUAUUCGUACUUCAGCCAGCGAGCAGGGGAGUUUGUUCUUGCAAAAAGCCAGACAAGGGAUUUUGAGGUCCAGGUACGGCACUGGAAAUGUCGCAGCUACCAAACGUGUAACUGCGCCGUUGCAGCCCGUGAGAACAAUGACGUAUACAUCUUGGAUGUCUGUCACAACGUGCGUCAACGUCGGGCUGUAGUUCCACGCAUUUUGCGACGGUCAGCCAACGACGAACCACCGGCAGAUGGCGCUCACAUCAAAAGCGACCAAAAUGGAAGGAAAUACAUCAUCAACUUUCCUUCUGGCGCCUAUGUCAUCGUUGAUAUCCGUUAUUUCGGUUUAAACCUGUACGUACAUGUCCCCAGUGAUGACAGGGGCAAAGUGGAAGGACUGUGCGGGAACAAUAACGGAAAUCGUAACGACGAGAGAAGAGAUAUCGACAGAAGCGAGUCCAGUUGGCAUCAGAGAUGGAGAGUCAAACCUGAAACAAACUACUUCAACAAAAGCCCAAAAUAUAAAGAACAGUCACAAGAACCUUUGUAUUGCCACUGCCAUAAGAACGACUCUGUGGUCGCAGACGCGACAUACCUUAAGUGUGACUUUGACAAACGUGUGACACAACCAGACAUUAUCAGCAAAAAAAAUUUAGAAAGUGUAGUGCCAAGACAAGUGGUGGAAUUUCGAAACCUUGGCCGAAGGAAAAGGCGUGAUAUUCCGGAAGCGUCAUAUACGGAUGAAGCUAGCGACUACCAACCGUAUGUGUUCACGUUCAAGGAAGACUACUCCAAGCCCGUAGUUAACCUAACUUGGCCCACACCCAGCGGAAUCACCCAGACCCAGGCCGCGCAGCUGUGUCGCGACACCCUUGCAAAUUCAUCGGUGGUGAACCUGUGCCAAGAGGUCCCGGGAUUCGAUCCGUUUGAAAAUGUUCCAAAGUGCAUUGACGACAUCUUGGUCGCUGACGACAUGGGAUUUGCAAACGAGGCUGUCACAGAGAUGGUGGACACAUGCAUUGCAACUGCAGUCAAAGAAGUUCUCCCGGAGGAUAAAGACGUAGACUCCCUUGGACCGACAACAACAACAACUGCAACACAAAUUCCACAUUUGAAUAUUGCCGAGUUAACGGAGAAAAUCAAAACCAAUGCGUGUCCUCGAGAGUGUAGUCAAAAAGGCAAAUGUGUGGACGGAAACUGUGUUUGUGAAGCGGGCUUUAUGUCGGCAGACUGCUCCGUGAACUCGAACAUUUCUCCGGAGAUUACUGAGGUGCAGAAUGCCGGUCUGUGUGACGUCCAAACGCGUCCAUGCCUCAAGUUCCGAGUUCUGGUUGAUCCUGCGACACCAGUCACUCGCAGUGAUCGCCUCUCCUGUCGGGUAACAAAAGCUCAGAUCGAUAUAAGCACGGGGACCUACACAAUUCUGCCAGCAACUACGGGACAUGCUGUGGCCGAAUUCGUUAGUUUCUCUGAAGUCACGUGUCACCUACCACGUGAUCCAAUCAUACCGCCAGUGACUAUUACCGGAACAGCUGGUACGCCUGCGCAAGGCUUUCUCCUGUCCAUUAGCAAUGAUGGUGUGAAGUUUGGGAAAAACGAAAGUUUUGUCACGUUAUUUGACUCAGCAUGUGUAGAUUGUAAACCUUUUGGACAGUGCACGAAAAAGCGUGGAACGUGCCUAAUUAACGGUUAUUGCUACGAAGAUGGUGAUCGUAACCCUGCCAACUGGUGCUUUGAGAUCGACUCCAGACUGCAGUAA